AUGCAGGCUGUCCAGAAUGAACAGCUUGUAUCUCCUGGGGAGUCUCCGACCUACACCGACCACCGUCCCCUCCAAGAGCCGUCCCCGACCAAAAGUCCGACCCCCAAAAACGUCGCCUUUGAGUUAUUACUCGAUGACAACUCCAAAGCUCGAGCCCGCAUUCCCAUGCGGGUUCAGAUCUACCCUCAUGACACCACGGAUUCCAUCGUCACUACAGUGAAAAACUUCUAUGGAAUCUAUGAUGGCGCUGCCGGCGUCAGCUUCGAGGAUGUGAACGGUAUUACACUCAUUGCAAGAUAUGAGAAUCUAAGGAACAAUAUGACAGUAUAUGUGCGGGUAAUGCCCGUUCCGGUUUACGAAGAGGGUUAUGGAGAUAGGUAUUAUGGCCCCAUGUCCAUGGACAAUCGCAAACGGCCCAGCCUAGGUGAACCAUUCCAAAUGGCGUCCGCGAUGCAGCCAAUACAACAUCCAGAGCACGGGCAAUCACCGUCCCGGCCUGCGUCUCGGGUCGCUCGCAAGCGCAGUGUGUCACCGUCUGGUAAGAGUCGUCGUAGCGCCUCCCAGCACAAGCAGCAGUCUCGUCCGGGGCUCAAGAGCAGGGGCUCUAGCACUCAUGGUAGCAUCUAUGACGAUGCUGGCUACAGCGACAGCGAUGGUGGCUACGGCUCCGUCUCCGGGGCGAAAAAAUCUCGAAGUGAACACUUUGCCAGCUCGGAGAUCAGCAUGGAAAAUAUCCUUCAAGACGGUCGUCGCAAACGACCUAAGUUCGAGAGUUCUGAACUCCCAUUAUUCGUCCCUCCUCAAGUUCCUCUCACAACCUCGACCUCCUCAAUCUCCCCGCAGCGUCGCUCUAUCGGCCAGGAAGGGGCAGGCUCGCCAUUUGCGCGGCCAAUGCACCGCUCAAAUAACUAUUAUCAGCAGCCUUUGCCGUCCCCUCAAAGUUAUGGACACAAUGAUCACAUCUAUGGAGGAAAUACUUCACGAAAUGGCAUAUACACUACACCGAUGGUUCCUGAACACGGCCACCGUCUUCGCGACCGUGCGACUGUCCAUUCAUCUGGGCAAUAUCCAAAUUCGACCGGCCGAAACGGUGGUCCGGGUAUCCUUCCCACACCCGAUCCCACCAUAGCCAGCUGCAUAUCUGAUGAAGACGUUGCGCUGCAAUUGAUACGUCUCGGAGAUGCCUCCAAUUUCUCUCAUGGCCGUACUUCCGCAUCCACCCUCGAUGAUGCGUUUAGUGGCGCUGCUGACGCUGCGUCUUCCACCGGUGCAACAAGCGACGGCGAAGGCUACAGUGAGGAUGACGACGAUCUGCCCGCUCGUCCCAGGCAGAGACUUGACUCGAGCCCAAUGCUUCCACCCGGUACUGCUAAGCACACGCACAAGCGCCUGGAUGACAUCCUGCCCAGUUUCGACAGCUCCGAUGCCAGCUAUGACAGCCACGAUAAUGAGUACCAUCAGGAAGACUAUGAGGGUGGUAUGGUUAAGAACGAGGUCGACGAUGAUUCUUCCCAUGAAUCUAUGUCUAAACCCAAGAAAGCUAAAAGCCGAAACACCAGUACCACCUCGUCGAAGCCUCGCGCCGGCAAGACACCUCAAAUACGCUCGGGUAAAAGUGCAAACAAACCUGCAUCCAACAAUGGGGCUCGCAAAGGGGCCAAGUCAACUCCGUCCGCACCCGGUCACAAAGUUGGCCCGCUUCAGACAGCUAACGCUGCUGCCCCGCGGAAGGCUUCGACUUCUUCUGUCAAUGGCCAAUACCCGUUGGCUGCGGACGAGGAAGAUCUGUCGACAAAGCCACGCUGCCAGCGGUGCCGCAAAAGCAAGAAGGGGUGUGACCGACAACGUCCUUGCGGACGAUGCAAGGAUGCUGGCAUCGGCAUUGAAGGCUGUAUCAGUGAGGACGAAGGAAACGGUCGCAAAGGACGCUACGGCCGCCAUAUGGGCGUUCCUGUCAAGAAGCCACUGGACACCGUUCCCGUUGCUAACGAGACGCAAUCAUCCAUCCCGGCCGUCCCUAUGGCAGCCUCGACGGUGGACAAAAACAAGAAACGCAAGCGCUAGGCUCUCUUUUUCGUAUCCUUCAGAAGGUCUCUUAUACUCGCAGGAGCUUUUUAUCUCUUGUUGAGUUGGCGGCAAGACAAUUCUACUUGCAAGGUGGAUAAGAAGCAACUGGGAUAUGCGCAUAGUGGCCUUAUUCUACCAUAGACGUCCAAAAAAUACACACAUGAGCUU